GCGCGGGGGACGUGUUCGGGCGUCUCCGCCAUCUUGUGAGUCUAUAACUCGGAGCCGUUGGGUCGGUUCCUGCUAUUCCGGCGCCUCCACUCCGUCCCCUGCGGGUCUCCUCCGUGUGCAAUGGACGGCAUCGUCCCAGAUAUAGCAGUUGGUACGAAGCGGGGAUCUGACGAGCUUUUCUCUACCUGCGUCACCAACGGACCCUUUAUCAUGAGCAGCAGCUCGGCCUCUGCAGCAAAUGGAAAUGACAGCAAGAAAUUCAAAGGGGACAGCAGGAGCACAGGGGUCCCGUCCAGGGUGAUCCAUGUCCGGAAGCUUCCGAGCGAUGUUACCGAGGGCGAGGUCAUCUCCCUGGGGCUGCCCUUCGGGAAGGUCACCAACCUGCUGAUGCUGAAAGGGAAAAACCAGGCCUUCCUGGAGAUGAACACGGAGGAGGCCGCCAACACCCUGGUUAACUACUACACCUCGGUGACGCCCGUGCUGCGCGGCCAGCCCGUCUACAUCCAGUUCUCCAACCACAAGGAACUCAAGACCGACAGCUCACCCAAUCAGGCACGGGCCCAGGCAGCCCUGCAGGCCGUCAACUCCGUCCAGUCGGGGAACCUGGCGCUGGCCGCCUCGACCGCAGCUGUAGACGCUGGGAUGGCGGUGGCCGGCCAGAGCCCUGUGCUCCGCAUCAUCGUGGAGAACCUCUUCUACCCCGUGACGCUCGACGUGCUGCACCAGAUUUUCUCCAAGUUCGGCACAGUCCUGAAGAUCAUCACCUUCACCAAGAACAACCAGUUCCAGGCGCUGCUUCAGUACGCGGACCCCGUGAGCGCGCAGCACGCCAAGCUGUCCCUGGACGGCCAGAACAUCUACAACGCCUGCUGCACACUGCGCAUCGACUUCUCCAAGCUCACCAGCCUCAACGUCAAGUACAACAACGAUAAGAGCCGUGACUACACGCGCCCCGACCUGCCCUCCGGGGACAGCCAGCCCUCCCUGGACCAGACCAUGGCCGCCGCCUUCGGUGCUCCGGGUAUAAUCUCAGCCUCUCCGUAUGCAGGAGCUGGGUUCCCUCCCACAUUUGCAAUUCCUCCAGCCGCAGGACUCUCAGUCCCCAAUGUCCAUGGAGCCCUGGCCCCGCUAGCCAUCCCCUCGGCGGCGGCCGCAGCGGGCCGCAUCGCCAUCCCCGGCCUGGCGGGGGCAGGGAACUCGGUCCUGCUCGUCAGCAACCUCAACCCCGAGAGAGUCACACCCCAAAGCCUCUUUAUUCUUUUCGGCGUCUAUGGGGACGUGCAGCGGGUGAAGGUCCUGUUCAACAAGAAGGAGAACGCCCUGGUCCAGAUGGCCGACGGCAGCCAGGCCCAGCUCGCCAUGAGCCACCUGAACGGGCACAAGCUGCACGGGAAGCCGAUCCGCAUCACGCUCUCCAAGCAUCAGAGUGUGCAGCUGCCCCGUGAGGGCCAGGAGGAUCAGGGCCUCACCAAGGACUACAGCAGCUCCCCCCUGCACCGCUUCAAGAAGCCCGGCUCCAAGAACUUCCAGAACAUCUUCCCGCCCUCGGCCACCCUGCACCUCUCCAACGUCCCGCCCUCGGUGUCUGAGGAGGACCUCAAGAUCUUGUUCUCCAGUAACGGGGGGAUCGUCAAGGGCUUCAAGUUCUUCCAGAAGGACCGCAAGAUGGCGCUGAUCCAGAUGGCCUCGGUGGAGGAGGCUAUCCAGGCGCUCAUCGACCUGCACAACCACGACCUGGGCGAGAACCACCACCUGCGCGUCUCCUUCUCCAAGUCCACCAUCUAGGGCCGCCGUCGGGCCGGGCUGACUUCCAUCAUUCCAGAGAGAAAGCCACUUUAAGAAGCAGCUGAAGUGACCUUAAAAGACCAGAGAUUUUAUUUUUUUAAAGAGAAAUCGGUUUACCUGUUUUUAAAAAAAUUAAAUCUAACUCGCCUUGCUAGCCUUGUGGGGACAGCAGCAGGCAGCCCUGCCCCAGCAGGUCUCGGCGCUGCCUUCGCCAGCUGGGGCGCAGGGGGCUCUGCGGGGCGGGCGUCCCAGCCACGAAGCGGCUGCCUUGUGCCUUAAACACCUGCCGGCUUGCAGAGGGGCUUCCUCGCAGUGUGCAGUUUUGGGAGCUGGGUCAGGGGUUGUGGCUGCAGAGGGGACCUACUGCAGGGCCAGAGCAUGGGCCCCUUGUGCCCCGUGUGGGAUUGUGUACCUGGAGCCCAGGCGGGCCUCCCCCCAAUCAGGUGACCAUGAUUUGCCCUGCCUGGGCCCAUCAUCCCUGCCACUCCCCCGGCACCAGGGCCUGGCCCACCUGCCCUGCCCGCCCCGGCGCUGUGCAGACACGUGCCUAGCAAUGUUUCCAGUUGACCAAAUACCCUAAUCGUUCUCCAUUUAUAUGCAAAAGAUAGUUUUAAGUAACUUUUUUAUAGCAAGAUGCUAAAUGGUGUCAGUGUAAUCUAAAUUUCCUCCUUGUGGUAUUACCCUGUAUACUGUACUUUUUUUAUUUUAUUCCUUGUAAUUAAGUGAUGUCCUCGAGCAGGAAGCCCGUUUUCCGGAGAGCAGACUGGGGCCCCCCGCUGGCUCUAGAGGAACCACCUUGGUCCAGCUUAGCAAGCACCCACCCGGGGCCCCCCACUCUGCCCUCCCACAAACCUCCAUUUGCCUUACUGCACACCUGACCUGUCAUAUGCCUAGAACACAAGCGCUCUUAGACUUUUUCAGGGUUUUUUCCUUCCUGCAAAUUGUGGACCAAAGUUUUCUUUCUGUCUUGUCUGCCUCGAGUGCUGGAACCCCGGGAGGUGGGAUGCACGGCCGAGUCUUAACUGUUCCCAGCUGGCCGCGCUGUCCCAUCGGGCCUCGGCCCCCGUGCUUGCGUCUAUAGGAGUGUGAUGAGGUGUAAAUAUUUAUGACUUUUUGUACCUGUUUUAAGACAUGAGGGGAGCAUGACAUGGUUUUUUAUGGGGACACAGAUGUAUAUUUUGAUACCAGCCAUUACAGGUUCAGUAUUGUAAGUGUGGCGCCAAGCCCCAGCCACAGCUCACACCAUUGCCCGACCCAGGCGGCUUGCAAUGCGGAAAGAUUGAUUAAAACAAUUUUAUAACAAACUUUUUACCUUUUCUGUAGACCUCUUUUUUGCUGUUGCAUUGUAGAAGGCAGUUUGGCCGGUCUGUACUCAGACUUUGAAUAAAUUUCUUCUGUAUCCUGUG